AUGGUGCAUGCAGUGCAGGGAUUUGGAAUUCCAAAGAAAAUUGUUGAUAUUCGUCAUGCCGUAACUCAUCAAACUUGUCCGGAUAUUUCUGAAUUGAGAUAUGCAACUAACUUUUGUUUGGAAUGGUUAUGGGACAACUUCUGGCUGAGCGAUGCAAGUAAUGCAAUGAACAGUGGGAAAGCAGGAACAUCAAAUUCUUCAAAAAGCGGAUCUUCGGCAGAAUACGGCAACCAACGUGGCAGAGAACAACAGCACGUCGCGUCGAUUCGUGCAUUCAAUACGUGGAGGGGAAAGAAUCGUCUUCUGAAAACAGAGUUAGAAUUCAGUGAAGUAUCUGAAAUUUAUGCGAUCAAACAACAUGUCUUAUUGGAUUAUGUUGGAUUUCUAUCGUGUCUCGUGCGAGAUGGACAUUUGAUUCAAACGGGUGGACAAUGGAAAAACUGGAAACUACCACCGACAUCGUCUGAUGAGAAAUGGAUAGUCCCUGAACCGAUUACAAAAUUUUGGGAACCAAUUUUUCAUUUGAUGUUUAGUUUGAAAUUGGGCCCUGAACUUGUGAUUUCAUUGAUGUGGAGAUUGAGAGAACCAACCAUUAAGCAAAUAUCAAAAGAUCAAAUUACGGCUUAUGUCAGAUUGAUCAUACAAAAUUUCGCCGACAAUGAUGUCUUCUCUCCCGAUGCAUGGGUUCGAAUUCUCGAUCAUUUGCUCCCUGUUGCCAAAUAUUUCAGCAAAGAAAUAAUAGAUAUUGUUAUGAGAAAUUGUCCAAAUCUCUCUCGCAAACGACGAAAGCAAAUUCAUCAAAUUUUGACGAUCGCCACUGUCAAAUCAGCGAAUCUCACGAAUUCCGAUGGCCCGUCUGGAUCAGCAACGUCUUCUUCGGAUGGAUCAAAAGUUCAUACAGUCAAUGAUCUUCUACAAUUGUUGAAGUCAAGGACCAAAAGUACAGAAUCAUCGACCAACUCGAGAAAUGAGAAAACUGGAAUUGAAUUGUGCGAAUCGGAAGAGUGGGUUGAUGUGCCUUUUGGAAUGGCCCCCGGACAACGUGUCGAGACAUUCACAGUUGUAAUCGACGAGACAUCUGUCUCCCGUCGUAAAAGAAAAGCAUUUGAUCCUGCGAUCACUUUGGAUGACGAGUAG